CCGCUCUUUCCAUAUAGAAUAGUCUCUUUGAGCACCUGUUUUGCCGCCGAAAAGCGACGAUACUGAACGAACUGGAAGUUCCAGUUGUUUCCACUACGGCUAAACCAUUGGAUGUGUAUCGAUUGGUUUUUUAGUUUAAAUAAACCACGAACUAGAUUACGAUAGUGUGAUAAACGCGUAUCUUUGUUACCUUAAACUAUAUCUCACUAGACUAAAAUUUAGUCAGUGAAACAAUGAUAUAUCACACUAUAGGGUUUUUGGGUUCGGUCUGGUCUAGUCACUAAGGGAUGCGUUUUGGUACUAUUUUUGAAUUGUAUACUAUACUAUAAUAAAUUGGGGAUAUGAGUUGAAGUUUUGUGUGAUGUGAGUUGUGUUUUUUUCAAAUUGCCUCAGGUAAUGCUCGUCCUGCGGUGUCCUGCGUCGGCAGCAUGCGAUUUACCUUGGUGGAGAUGGAAAGGAGCGACACGAUAUUAUUCUUCUCUUCUAUUCUAAUCCCUGCCACUCUUGUGUACCGCACCGUUGAACGUUGUUGUAGGCUCGGAAGUAACAACUUUCACUUUCCGAUCAAUCCGAUCCCCAUGUGAUUUUAGUGCCAGGUGUGGGACACUUGUGAUUUUUAGUUCAUUUCCACCCACGAUGGAUGAUGACGAUGUCACAGUACGGGUGGCUGUCAGGAUUCGGCCGCAAACACCAAGAGAGGUGAUAGACAUGUGUCAGAUUUGCACUUUUGUGCAGCCAGGGGAGCCCCAAGUGACUCUCGGGAAUGAUAAGACUUUUUCGUACAAUUAUGUUUUCGACAUGGAGACUAGUCAAGAGAGGGUUUAUGAAACGUGUGUUGCUGGAUUGGUUGAUUCCUCCUUGGAAGGUUACAACGCAACAGUCUUAGCUUAUGGUCAAACGGGUUCUGGUAAAACUUACACUAUGGGAUCGGGAUUCGAUGUUGAGUUAUUACCAGAACAAGUUGGUAUCAUCCCUCGAGCUAUCCAUCAUCUUUUCGAUGGUAUCCAAAGUCGGAUUAAUGAAGCUCAAGAAAACGGCGAAAUCCCACCCGAAUUUAAAGUAACGACACAAUUUAUGGAGUUGUAUAAUGAGGAAGUUAUCGAUCUGUUUAACCCGUCAAGUGGUAAAGAUACUGUUUACAAAAUCCAUGAAGACUCGUACGGUGGUAUUCAAAUAAAGGGCAUUACACAAAAAAAUGUAAUUUCGGCUGAAGAAACGUUACAGUGUUUAAGACUGGGGGCUCUAUCGCGGACUACAGCUAGCACCCAAAUGAACACCCAGUCGUCUCGAUCACAUGCAAUUUUCACUUUACAUAUAAAACAACAACGAAUCGUGCCUUUAAAAGAUAGUGAUACAAACGAAUUUGAAACGCUUACUGCAAAAUUUCACUUUGUCGAUCUCGCCGGUUCUGAACGUUUGAAACGAACUGGUGCAACGGGUGAAAGAGCUAAAGAAGGAAUAUCAAUAAACUGUGGUCUAUUAGCUUUAGGAAAUGUUAUAUCAGCAUUAGGAGAUAAAUCGAAACGGGCACUACAUAUCCCUUACCGAGAUUCAAAACUAACUCGUCUUUUACAAGACAGUCUUGGUGGUAAUAGUCAAACUGUGAUGAUAGCCUGUGUAAGUCCCAGUGAUCGGGACUUCAUGGAAACUUUAAACACACUAAAAUACGCCAAUAGGGCACGCAAUAUCAAAAACAAAGUCUUCGUGAAUCAAGACAAAACAUCAAAAACAAUAUCCCAACUCAAGCAACAAAUCGCCCAACUCCAACUAGAACUAGUCGAAUACAAACAAGGGAAACGUCUAGUCGGUCAAGACGGCACUGAAAUGGUCAACGACAUGUUCUACGAGAACAACAUGCUCCAAACCGAAGUCAACAAUCUCCGGACUCGUGUCAAAGCCAUGCAAGACACCAUCGACUCUCUCAACCUCAAAAACACAAACCUCCUUGCCGAGAAAGCCACCGGGGCUUGGAUCGGCGGUAGUAGCGACAACGACGUCGCUUGCAUGGUCCAAUCCUACCUCAAAGAAAUCGAAGAACUCAGAGUGAAACUCAUGGAGUCGACCAACAUGUGCGAACAACUACGCAAACAACUCAAUCGGUUGCAAAACGCCCAACAACAUAGCGCAACUUUGGCACAACUCGACGAAAAUAUAACCUUGAUUGAGGAGGCGAAGAAGGAGCUCGAACGGGAGAAAAACCUCCUGGAGAAACAACUCGACAGCGAGGCGGAAAGCGACGAGUUUGACAGCGGGAGCGAAAAGGAGGAUCACACCCAACUCAAAGACGAACUUAUCACACUUACGAAUGACAUUGAUAUGAAACAAAAAUUGAUCGAUGAGUUGGAGUUGUCACAUCGGAGGAUGCAAACAAUGCGGCAACAUUACGAAGACAAACUCAUGCAACUCCAAACCCGAAUUAAAGACACCCAAGAGGAGAGGGACAAGAUUUUGCACACGUAUAGCGCACGUGAGCCGUCUGACAAAAUCAAGAAAAUCAAAGAUGAAUACACGAAAAAACUCUCCGACAUGCAGAAAGAACUUAAGAAACUCCAAGCUGCCCAGAAGGAACAUGCCCGACUUUUGCGCAACCAAAGCCAACACGAAAACCAACUCAAAUCGUACAAAAACGAACUUCUUGAAAUGAAACGCACUAAAGUGAAACUCAUUAAUAAGAUGAAGGAGGAGUCACAGAAACACAAAGAAUCGGAAUUGAGACGAAUGCGUGAGAUUGCACAGUUGAGGAAAGAGACGCGCAAAAACGCCAAUAUGAUUAAAACAAUGGAAGCUGAGCGGAGGCUCAAAGACAAGGUUUUGAAACGCAAACAAGAGGAAGUCUCAGUUUUGCGGAAGAAUCAAAAGGGACAUUUGAGUACGAGGGCUGCGGGACGGCUCCGUGCUGGUUUUUCGGAAAGAACAGCUAAACAGAAAUGGCUGAGAGUGGAGAAAUCUAUUAAUAAUAUCGCGUUGAGUCGGCGAGGCCUUGUAGAACAGGAAGUUCGAAUGGAGUAUUUUCUCGAAAAAAGGGAAGCCUUAGGGAAGGAACUCGAAGUUUUGGAAGAGAGACGCCAACAAGCCGUGCAAAAAAACCAAGAUGUGACUCAAUUAGACAGUUAUAUUGAAGACAUCAAGGAAAAUAUUAACUAUGUUCAAGAAACGAUUAGUGAGACCCAACGUAACGUUAUGGAAAUUGAAGAGUCUCAAGAUACCAACGAAAGUGCCCACUUUCAAACCAUCAUCGACUCAGUUUGUGAUAUAGAAGAAGCCAAAUACCUGAUCCAGAAGCUAUUCAAUAUGACUUUGAGUCAAAGCCACGCUGUGGCUCAACGCGACGCUAAAUUAAAAGAAAGCGAAGCGACACUAACUGAGUUGACGCAAGAAACACAAGUGAAAGGCCAGUUGUUGGACCAUUUGCUCCACAACGAGAUCCCCAUAUUUUCGAAAGAAUUAACAACGAGUGUUUCAAGUAAUGCGAAUGACACCAGCUCGAAUGCAUCUUCAAGAUCAGCCUCGCCUUUAUUGGUUCCUGAAGCCCCCUCGCACAAAAUCAGGCGACGCACGGCCUUACCCGAUGAUUUGCUCUACGGCUCGCAAAACUCGAUGAAUAUGAGCCAGUCGUUGGGGCCCUACAGUUUACAAGUGGCAAAUUCAUUGGAGCGCGUCCCGAGUGUCCCCGGGAGUCUUAAGGUUGAAUUUAUGAUUGUCCACCAAUUGCGCAUUACACGAAGCGAGGGGAAUAGCCCCGUCGAGACCAACAUUAUCGAUUGGCGUUGUAUAAACCAUCAUAGCUUUUUUACAAAUAACGUCACAGUACUGAUAGUACUUAUAGUGGUUUUAAUAAUCCUAAUGUUGUUACUAUUUUUAUGAUUAAUUAUUUAUUUUAAACGAUUUACAUGGAAUUUUUAUAUGGCUAUGUUUGCACUAAUGUUAAAUACAAGUCCGUUUUUUA